AUGGGAUUCGGAGUCUCUUCCACUUCGCCGACGGCCAAUAAAUGGAUUGGCUUUGUGACCGCCGUUUGGGUCCAAGCCAUCUCCGGCAACAAUUACACCUUCUCUAACUACUCCGAUGCGCUCAAGACCCUCAUGGCCCUCACUCAGCUCCAACUCAAUAACCUCUCCGUGGCUAAAGACGUCGGGAAAGCCUUUGGCAUCCUCGCCGGCAUCGCCUCCGACCGCUUGCCCACUCCCGUUAUUCUCCUCAUCGGCUCCGUCGAAGGCUUUAUAGGCUACGGCGUCCAAUGGCUGGUGGUGAGCGGCCGCAUCCAGCCUCUACCUUACUGGGCCAUGUGCAUUUUUCUGUGUAUGGGAGGCAACAGCACUACUUGGAUGAACACCGCUAUCCUGGUUACAUGCAUCCGCAAUUUCAGGAAAAACAGGGGUCCUGUCUCCGGGAUCUUGAAAGGUUACGUCGGUUUGAGUACCGCCAUUUUCACUGACAUCUGCUCCGCUCUUUUCGCGGAUGACCCUGCCAAAUUCUUGCUCAUGCUCGCGGUCGUCCCUUUUGUUGUUUGCCUCACCGCUAUUUUUUUCCUCCGUGAAGUUCCGCCGUCCUCCACCGCCGUAGAGGAGAAAGAAGAAGUGAAAUACUUUGGGGUAGUGAACAUCAUUGCCAUAGUAAUUGCGGUUUAUCUUUUGGUGUUUGAUGUAUCAGGGCCUCACGGGCGUCUGUUUUCCCAAGUCUUUGCUGCUGUUCUUCUGGUUCUCUUGGCUUCUCCUCUGUCACUUCCGGUUUACCUUACUAUCAAGAAUUAUCUUCGUUCCAAUUCCAAUUCCAAUGGUUUGGACGUGGAAAGAAAUCCCACCCAGCCUCUACUUGCUCAAGAAACACUUCCGGUGGAGAAGAGCGGUGACCCAGCCCCGCCGGCGGCGGCAGAUGAUGAUGUGGUAAAGACGCCACCUGUCAUUGGGGAAGACCAUACAAUCUUCGAGGCCAUGAAAACGGUUGACUUUUGGAUACUUUUUGUGUCAUUUCUGUGUGGAGUGGGAACGGGAUUAGCGGUUAUGAAUAACAUGGGACAAAUGGGAUUGGCUCUUGGUUAUGCAGACGUUUCAAUCUUUGUAUCGCUCACCAGCAUUUGGGGAUUUUUUGGGCGCAUCCUUUCUGGUUCCGUUUCAGAAUACUUCAUCAAGAAAGCUGGAACACCCAGGCCGGUAUGGAACGCAGCUUCACAGAUUCUAAUGGCGGUUGGAUACAUAAUGAUGGCCAUGGCUCUGCCGGGCUCACUGUACGUGGGGUCCAUAGUAGUCGGAAUUUGCUAUGGAGUUCGUCUUGCUGUAACGGUGCCCACUGCAUCUGAACUCUUCGGCCUCAAGUACUACGGCCUCAUUUACAACGUUCUCAUCAUCAACCUUCCACUGGGAUCUUUCCUCUUCUCCGGUUUGCUCGCCGGACUGUUAUACGAUGCCGAGGCUACUGAAACGGCCGGCGGCGGGAAUACGUGUGUCGGCGCACACUGCUAUAGGCUGGUGUUUAUAGUUAUGGCUAUUGCGUGUGUGGUUGGUUUUGGACUGGACGUCCUGCUUUCCAUCCGAACCAGAGCCGUUUAUUCCAAGAUUUAUGCAGCCAGGAAAACCAAGAAGACUGCACCUUCCUUGUCUUGAGCUCUCAUGUCGGCCGAUAGAUAAAUUUUGUUUGAUCCAUUUUAAUUUGUAUGAAUGGAAUAAUGGAUAAUCGAUUUUUUAUUUUUCCUUCUGCUAUUAGAAUCACAGUGAAUACCUGACUGACAUGUUCCUCGUACGUGUUUGGUUAGUGAGUUGUGGAAUAUAAAAUCAGAGAAUCAUAACUGAUGAUGGGCUGAAUACAUGCAAUUUAGUAGUAUUGGGUUUGAGUGGUUCAUCCAAGUCCAGUACUGUAUGCAAUUUACAUUUUGGGAAUUGAAGUGUGGAUGGAACAUUUUUGAGUCGAUGGUUAUUUUCAUUA